AUGGGGGUGUCAUACGGCGCUGGUAACACUAAAGGGGGUGGAGAGGCGCGGGAGGGGAAAACCCAGAGCAGAUACACCAGAGUGCGGCGGCAGUUACCCAGGACGCCUAGGCGCAUAUCCAGGAUCUUUUUAAGACCUCCUCGCCCGCCAACUUCUUCAGAAUCAGAAGAAUCAGAAACGAAUGAAGACGUGAAUUCCGAGUCUAAGACAUGCGGGAAGAUCCUGAUAUUUUUGUCCUGGGUGCUGGUCAUCUGCACCAUGCCGUUCUCGCUGUUUGUCUGCUUCAAGGUGGUCCAGGAGUACGAACGGGCUGUGAUCUUCCGCCUCGGGCGCCUACUUUCUGGAGGGGCUAAGGGACCGGGUAUAUUCUUCAUCCUGCCCUGCAUCGACUCCUACGCCCGCGUGGAUCUGCGCACGCGCACCUACGAUAUACCACCUCAGGAAGUGCUAACCAAGGACUCUGUGACGGUGUCUGUGGACGCUGUAGUCUACUACCGCGUCCACAACGCCACCAUAUCCAUCGCCAACGUGGAGAACGCGCACCAUUCCACCCGCCUACUGGCCCAGACCACGCUCCGCAAUACUAUGGGAACUCGACCCCUGCAUGAGAUCCUGAGCGAGCGCGAGACCAUCUCAGGAAACAUGCAGCUCUCCCUGGAUGAGGCGACCGAGGCCUGGGGCAUCAAGGUGGAGCGCGUUGAGAUCAAGGACGUCCGUCUCCCAGUACAACUGCAACGUGCCAUGGCAGCUGAGGCCGAGGCGGCCCGUGAGGCCCGCGCCAAGGUCAUCGCUGCUGAGGGCGAGCAGAAGGCCUCCAGGGCCCUCCGCGAGGCCUCGGAGGUCAUUGGCGACAGCCCGGCAGCUUUGCAACUACGAUACCUGCAGACGCUCAACACCAUCUCGGCUGAAAAGAACUCGACCAUUGUUUUCCCGCUGCCGAUCGACCUCCUGACGUACUUCAUGAAGGCCAAGGAAGAGACCAUGUAAAGCGACCCCUGACGAAACGCAUUAAAACGGACUAAGAUAAAUAUGAUCGGAUGAACUCAACCAAACUACUGGGUGAAUAUUUGGAAACAGUCAGUGGGAAAUGCGCACCUCGUCGUCUUUUUUAUUAUUUUUAGUUAAUAGGGGGGAUGGGCCUCUUUAGCAUUGGUCUGCAACCUGUCUAGGAGAAGGAAUCAAACCAGGUAUGAGGCUCUGGCGCAAGUACGGUCCAACCCGAAAAUGCGGCAGACCUAACCAUUUUACUCAUUAUUUUAGUUUAUUGUAUAAUUUGGUCAAGGGUUAUUAUGUUCCUAUAUUUUUAGGUCGGUAGCUUAAUUUAGGUGGUGGUUUAUUUAGGUGUGUAGGUUUGGUGCAAAUAAGGUCCAACCUGAAAAGCAGCAAGCCUAAAGAAGUUUUUAAUCUCGUAUGCAUUUUCCUACUAACUGAACUCCAAUACUCACGAGUCUGGUUUAUCAUUAGCAUUAGUUUUAACUUAACAUUAUUUAUAACUGAGAUUAAUUAGUACCUAAGUUCAGCCCUUUUUCAGUUUCUUUGCCCAAUAAUUUUCAAAUUAAAACUAUCAUCAUUUUUGAAUGGAAAGAUGUGAUGUUAAAACUCGAUUGGCUGUGGCGAAGCUUUAGGGAACGAUAUAUAUUAUUUUUGUGAUGGAUAAUAAUAUAUAAAUGAAAUAAAUUAUUUAUUAAAAUGGAAAUAUAUUAUUCUGGAAGAAACUUAAGCAGUUGGUAUUACCACAACACAUCGACAUAGCCACAGACUGUUCCAAUUUUUAUAAUCAAACCGAUAGUGCGUAGAAGAAAAGCCUUUUAGGGUUCCGUAGCCAAAUGGCAAAAAACGGUACCCUUAUAGAUUCGUCAUGUCUGUCUGUCUGUCUGUCCGUCCGUCUGUCCGUCCGUAUGUCACAGCCAUUUUUUUUAGCAUUGGUCUGCAAUCCAUCUAGAAGAAGAAAUACUCCAAAAUUAAAUCAGGUGUGUAGGUGUGGCGCAAGUAAGGUCUAACUGGAAAACGCGGCAUAACUAAGGAGUUUUUUUUUAAUUCGUCGUUUAAGUUACUAUUGGUUGCCACUUAUUUUUUUAUUCUUUUUGUUAUUUUGAUUUAGUAAUGGUGUUUUUAGCAUUGGUCUGCAACCUGUCUAGGAGAAGGAAUACUCCAAAAUCGAACCAGGUGUGAAGCUUUGGCGCAAGUACGGUCCAACCUGAAAAUGCGGCAUGAUGCCUAAGGAAUUUUCUUGUUUUUCAAUUUGUUGAUUAAGUUGUUUUAUUGUUUUAUUAUUAUUUUUUAAGUCAUUUUGGUUUAAUUAGGCGAUCGUCUUUAGCAUUGGUCUGCAAUAUGUCUAAGAGACGGAAUACUCCGAAAUCAAAUCAGGUGUGUAGACGUGCCUCAAGUAAUAUUAUGGGCUAACCGUAAAAUGCGGUACGUCUCAAGUUUUUUUUAUCUUACUAGAUCAAAUCCAACAUCUGUAUGUUUUGACGUGUUGCUUGGUAAUACCAUCUAUAUCAAAUAUUUACAAAUAAUAAUAAUUGUUCCUAUAAUUGGGACUGUUUAUAAAAUAUAAUACAUAAUAUGUAUAAAUUAUAAGGUAAUAAUAUAUUUUUGAAUGAAUAUAAAAGUGGUUGUUAGAUUGCAAGGUAAGUGAAACGAGUUUUAACUAGGGCGAGAGGCAUGCAAUGUCGUUUGUUAUCAAUAGACGCUUAACACUUUACGAAGUAACAAGAUAAUAAUCUUAUUU